AUGGCAGCGACCAGCGAACAAUUCACAAAGCAGUUGCAAACCCUCACGAAAAAUUACGGGCAAGCCGCGGAGUCAUUUGCGGAGGGGUUGGUUAAAGUGACACCAUCGCAAACGGAAAUACUGACAUCGCAACAAGACAUCCCAGUCCUUGUUCAACAACAAUCAAAAGAACUUGUAAAAAUAGUAGAAAGUGGGAUACAGCGCAUCGAGGAGAUCAAUAAAGUGCUUACAAAUUCAUUAAAGAACCCGGCGUCAUUAGAAAAAUUGUGGAAAAUUAAGGAAGAGACCCACGCGAUUAAUAAUGUGUUAGCAAGACAAGAAGAUGAGAUGCAAGAGAUCUGCUCGAUGUAUGCAAAUUUGGAGAGAAGACAACGAGAACUGGCGGAGAAGUUUGAGAAGGUAGAAAAGGAUGACUUGUUCCAAGCUAAUGUUUCCAGACAAGACGACUUGAAUGAGAUACACAACCCACAACAAGUCGAACAAACGUUGAACCAAAAGAAAGGACAACCACAACGCGCGACGAAAAAAGAUGUUAUCAAAGCACCACUUAGUGCAACUCCACAAGAAAUGAUACAACAGAAACAACAAAAGAUGAACGAUGUUGUUAAAACAGAGACUCAAACGAAGAGACUUGUCCAAAGUCAAUUGUGUAGUGAUGUUGUCGACAAUUUCUGUAUGAAUCAAAUCAAGCAGAAGGAAAGUCAACAAAUGGCCAAUCAAAUGCCAGGUCAAAGUAAACAACCGCUGAGUCUAAAAAAAGAAGAGGAAAAAAUUCGACAGGACGAAAACGACCAAUAUUUUGGGGAACAACAACAAGAUCCUCAAUCUAGAAAAAUUAUGUUACCAUCCGUCGCAAACACCUCAGUACCACAAAGAGGCCAAAUCAGACAAAGACCACAACAAAGAAUCGCACAAAGAGCUCCAAGACCAGAGUCAAGAAUGGGACCAGCACCUCAACAACAACCAACUCCAACUGCUGGUCAAAUCCAACAAAGAGCUCAAAGACAACAACAAACACAACAAGGAAGUCAACAAAUGGCACAACAACCACAGACAAUAACGGAAGAAGAAUACUACUAUCGACUACAGGAAAUUAAAAAACAAAUGGAAUACUUGAAGUCUAUUGCACCAAAGUCAAUCCAAGACACUUUUGUCGAUCAACCAGAUGAGCAAGAGGAUCUUGGUGAUGAAUACCAAGACCAAGUCCAAUACGUCGACGAACAAGGUUGCGAUAUGUAUGACGAUCAACAAUACGACGACCAAUACUAUUACCAACCACAACAAAGAAUGGCUUAUGCACCUAUGAGGUAUGAAGAAGAAUACUACCCACCACAACAAUACGUCCCAAUACAACAAUACCAAAGACAACCAAUGAGAAGACAAAGGCCGGUCUAUCAACAAGUCCCUCAACAGAUGAUGCAAAUACCUCAACAAAUGCCACAAAGAAGAAUGUACCGAAGACAACCGACACAAUACUCUCCACAGUACCAGUUCCCACCACAAUACUAUUGA